UUCAUAUGAGCUAAUCAGUCUACACAUAAAACAUUUUUUGCCCCUCGUGUCCAUCAGGGCAGGCGUAAAUGCGUCAUUGCCGCGUGCCAAAUGCGGCAUCGUUCACUGGUUGGUUCCUUCCUCAACGUUCACGGUUUCAGCCAACUUCACAGGCAUCAUGGCGUCCAUUUCAAUGGCACCCGUUAAUAUCUUUAAGCAUGGGGCUGAUGAGGAGAAGGCUGAGACGGCCCGAAUGUCAUCCUUCAUCGGCGCCAUAGCCAUCGGAGAUCUGGUGAAGAGCACCCUGGGACCAAAAGGAAUGGACAAAAUCCUUCUGAGUGGUGGCCGAGAAGGCACCGUCACAGUAACCAACGAUGGGGCAACCAUUCUGAAAGCCAUCGGAGUGGACAACCCUGCUGCCAAAGUGCUGGUUGAUAUGUCCAAAGUCCAGGAUGAUGAGGUUGGAGAUGGUACCACUUCUGUCACUGUUCUUGCUGCUGAGCUUCUUCGCGAAGCUGAGCUCCUGAUCGCCAAGAAGAUCCACCCUCAGACCAUCAUCUCUGGCUGGAGGAAGGCCACUGUGGUUGCCCGUGAGGCACUGAAAGAGGCAGCAGUAGACCAUGGCAACGACCCAGUGAAGUUCCAGGAGGACCUGUUGAAUAUUUCCCGCACCACGCUCUCCUCCAAGCUGCUGACCCACCACAAGGACCACUUCGCCAAGCUGGCCGUAGAGGCCGUUAUGAGGCUCAAGGGCUCUGGGAACCUGGAGGCCAUUCACAUCAUCAAGAAACUGGGGGGCAGCCUCAUCGACUCCUACCUUGAUGAAGGAUUCCUGUUGGAUAAGAAAAUUGGUGUCAACCAGCCCAAGAGGAUCGAGAAUGCCAAAAUCCUCAUUGCCAACACUGGCAUGGACACAGACAAGAUCAAGAUUUUUGGCUCCCGGGUGCGAGUGGACUCCACGGCGAAGGUGGCCGAGAUCGAAAUGGCAGAGAAGGAGAAGAUGAAAGAGAAGGUGGACCGCAUCCUCAAGCACGGCAUCAACUGCUUCAUCAACAGGCAGCUGAUCUAUAACUACCCAGAGCAGCUGUUUGCCUCAGCUGGUGUGAUGGCAAUCGAGCACGCAGACUUUAAUGGGGUGGAGCGUCUGGCACUGGUCACAGGUGGAGAGAUCACCUCCACGUUUGAGCAUCCUGAGCUGGUGAAGUUGGGAACGUGUAAGCUCAUCGAAGAGGUCAUGAUCGGAGAGGACACACUCAUCCACUUCUCUGGCGUUGCCUUGGGUGAGGCUUGCACCAUUGUGUUGCGUGGGGCCACACAGCAGAUUCUGGAUGAGGCCGAGCGUUCUCUGCAUGACGCACUGUGUGUGCUUUCCCAAACGGUCAAGGAGACACGCACAGUUUACGGUGGAGGCUGCUCUGAGAUGCUUAUGGCAAAGGUAGUGAGUGAUCUGGCCAACAGAACACCAGGCAAAGAGGCUGUCGCCAUGGAGUCCUUCGCCAAAGCCCUGAUGAUGCUGCCCAUCAUUAUCGCAGACAAUGCCGGCUAUGACAGCGCAGACCUGGUCGCCCAACUCAGGGCAGCGCACGUAGAGAACAAGAGCACCUAUGGCCUGGACAUGCAGAAUGGCGCCAUUGGAGACAUGUCUCAGCUGGGCAUCACCGAGAGCUUCCAGGUGAAGAGACAGGUGUUGCUGAGUGCCGCCGAGGCUGCAGAGAUGAUCCUGCGUGUCGACAACAUCAUCAAAGCCGCACCCAGGAAACGAGUUCCAGACCACCACCCCUGUUAAAUUGUGGACGAGUGUAGAGGAGAAAACAAGAAGACGAAGAGCACUCUGUGUAUUUAUUAUCCCCGGGGUGCUGUGUGUGACGUCCCUCACCUGUGUGUGUGUGUGAUGCCAUUCACCUGUCUCGUUUAGUGUUAAGUCUCCGUAGUCACAGAUUUGUCACAUGUUGAAUGCACUGUUGCAACCUGACCGUGUCACACCCCUGUCUGAAGCAAGAUGGCAGUAUGGACUGUGUUUGUUUACUGAACAAUAAAAAUGUACUUGUACCAGG